AUGAUUGCUCAAAGAAAAACGUGGAGAAAUCAACUUGUUUCUCGAAGCAGCACUUCCCGCAGGACGGGUCCAUGGGAGCCUGAGGAGGAUGAGCGAUUAUUGGCGAUUGUAGCAGAAUUGGGUGUGAAACAUUGGAAGUUAAUUGGAAUCAGACACGGAAUAAGAGAUGGAAAACAAUGUCGAGAACGGUGGCAUAAUCAUCUCAACCCAGAAUUAAUUUACGGACCCCUAACUCCCGAAGAAGACGAACAGAUAUUGACCUACUACUCUGAAAUGGGAACAAAAUGGGCAAUGAUGAGCCAAUUGUUACGACGACCAGCCAAUCUAAUCAAAAAUCGUUAUUAUUCUUCCUUGUCAAAAAAACGUGAUCGAAUGGUUUCUGACUCAGAAAAUAGUUCAUGUUGUUCUCCAAGGUCAAGAAAGCGAAUUAAAGCAAUUAAUUCUUUUAAAGUUUCAAAAUACGAAAUAGCGCAGUUUAAAAAGCCGGGCAAAGUGAAAAUAUCAUUUGAUCAAUUUGAUCAUCAUAAAGUUUCCGAGCAACAAACGGAUUAUUACAGAAAUCAUAUAGAUAUUCCUAAAACUCUGGCUUGCUCAAAUGGUUCGACUUUCUUUGAACUAUCAAUGAAUCAAGAACAAGUUUCCCUAUUGACAUCAACCUAUACGCCUGUAUCGUUACCGGAAAAAACUUUUUACCACGGCACGGCAUUGGACCAACUUGCUGAUUUAGCAAUUAAAAAUGCAAGCAGCCAAGAAUUUCACAAAAAUACGAAAAAGUAUGACAUCAUGUCAAUUUCAGCCGUGUUAAAUUAA